AUGGCCGGCCCAGUAAACCCCUUUGCCGGCCUCGGCCAGAAAGAUGGGCCAGCCGGUUCAGCAGGACGUGGACGCGGUGGAUCAUCUAAUCGCCCUUUUCAACCCAAACACACGAAUCCGCCCCGCGAUACCAAACCUCGAGGUCGAGGGCGAGGUGCUUCGUCGGCAACAAGAGCCGGACGUGGUCAGGGAAGAGGGGCCGGCCCAGCGAGCAAUACGUGGCGUAAUAAGUCGGCUUCGCAGCCAGGGCCUGUCGGAUCGACUACUUCGCCUUUUGCACAGCCGAAACAGAUGGCCCCUACUGUGUCGCCGUUUGCUAGUCAGGUCUCGAAGCAGAGUUCGCCUUUUACAGGGUUCGGUAAAGCAUCGCCUUCGCCAUUUGCUGCCCCCAGCUCAGAUGGGCCCGGUGGUGCCAACAGCUUCACCGGGUUCCACGGCGUAUCGUCCCCCAAACCGUCGAUUGGAGCAACCGGAUCCAGCAUUCCUGUGGAGGAUAUCUCGCUACUCAGCAGUUAUACCGAGCGCUACGAACAGCUCAAGCUCGACCGGACGAAGCAGCGUGAGAAGGCUAUAAGGGAAGGACAGAUGGCAGAUCCAAAUCAGCCCACGUCUUUGAACCAGGCUAUCACGCCUGUGGGCACUUGUACAAGCAUGUGUCCUGAAUUUGAAAGGGUGGAACGUAUAGUUCAGAAGAUGGUCGACAAAAGUGAAAAGUUCCUGCACCCGGCAACAAAUUCGCUACAAAAUAUGGAAAUGAAGAUGCUCAAACGAUUCAGACGGUCUGCGGCCGGCUAUGACGAACAGCUUCCCUCGGAUAUUCGAACGCCGAACACGCUUCUUCAGACCAUGAAUUACCUGAUACGGCACGUCAUUGAUGGCCCCGAACCUCUCGGGCUCAUUCAUAAAUUCGUAUGGGACCGAACUCGCUCAAUUCGCAACGACUUCUCCGUGCAGCAGCUCACCCAGGAGGAUCAUGUGAAAAUGGCAGUAACAUGCCUAGAGAGGAUUGCUCGAUUCCAUAUUGUGUCCCUGCAUUUGCUAUCGAGCCCCGCGAAUGAUGAGCCAUUCGAUCGCCACCAGGAGCGUGAGCAGUUAAACAACACCAUGCUCUCAUUGAUGUACUACUACGAUGAUAACCGAGGCCGGGUCACGUUCCCAAACGAAGACGAGUUCCGGGCCUACUAUAUCAUCUUCUCCAUCCAUGACCAGCGGCCUGAUCUAGAAGCUCGGGUCCAAAAGUGGCCUGCCGAGCUGAGAAACUCACCGCGCGUCCAAAUAGCGUUGGAACUGUUUGCUGCUGCUGGUAAUACGUGGGAAUACCAGGGUACGCUCGAUUCGAAGCGACCGAACGCGAUAGCACAAGGCUUUUAUGCGCGAUUCUUCAACAUAAUUGACUCGCCAGGUGUAUCAUACCUCAUGGCCUGUGUUGCCGAGAUCUACUUCAAUCAUAUGCGCCAGACCGCCAUUCGUUGUAUCUGGAAAGGAUAUUGUCGUUAUCCUGCUUCCCAACAGCAUAAGAAUGAGGAAUGGACGGUUGAUGAGUUCACCACGGUUCUUUGCUUCGACAAUCAUGAACAGACGGUUCAGUUCUGCGAGGAGCAGGAUUUGAAGUUCUCCGAGAAUGCCAAUGGCGACCUCUAUCUCGACUGGGGCAGCCGUCCCGUUGAAUCAAUUGCCUUUCAGCCGUCGUCGGAUCAUUCAUUUUCGGAGAAGCAUGUUGAGUCGAAGCGGGCAGGGAGAACGCUAGCAGCCAUUAUCCUCGGACUCAACAUCAAAGAAUCUGCAAAUCUUGGAAUGGUCGAUGUAUCUUCUCUGUCCGAGCGCAUUCCUGCGCUGCCCGCUCCCACAAACGAAGACUCGCUUUUCGUGAGCGACGAUGAGAAUGUCUAUAUGUCAUCCAACAUGCAAGUGGCUGAGACCCCGUCGCAAGACGAGAGCCCGCGCGAUUCGCCGGCAUCCGAUUCCAGCCUUCGCAAUGCCUUUGCGGGAUUCUCGCAGCCGGCAGCCUCCACGGAGCCUGAUCGUCCUCCAGCUUUCUCUUUUGCUCCGCUGCCGACUAAUCCACCACCGUCCGAGACAAAGGACCAGACAUUUUCGUCUCUUUUCCCCUCCAGUAGCCCGGCCAGUAUCUAUACAGCUCCUGCAACCGCGGCUCCGAACCCUUUCUCGUCUGUCACAUCGCCAUUUACCCUGUCAAAGAGCCCCCAAGGAGGGGAAAGCUCUACGAUUUCCACUCCUCCGCCGGCUAAUCAGCAACCGACUUCCAUUUUCACCACUACGCCCAAAUCUGUCACGUCCAACAAUAAAGAAACCGCCCCUCUGUUCCCUUCUCCUACGCCCUUCAAGUUUCCGACCGCCUUCCAAUCCAACACGACCUCUACCUCACCACCCAGCACCUCCGAUUUCUCUUUCGAUGCCAAUCCCGGUCAAGCUAAUGUGCCAGCUGCUGGCCAGCCUGCUCCUAGCAUCUUUGCUACUGCUAAGGCACCAUUUACAUCGGGGCCACCCAAAUCCAUCUUUAGUUUUCCCGGACAAAGCACCGGCUCUGCUGAGAGUCCUGCCCAACAACCUCAAGCAGCCCCACAACCUUUUGGGCCAACCCCAAGCCCUGUAGCAUUACUCGGUCCUAAUAGUCAUGCAGAACCGGCUCCUCUGUUCCUCGCACCGGCGCCGAUUGAGCAGUCAGACACGGCGCCUCAAGCACAAGUUGGCAAUUCAGUGUUCCAAGGGAAACAACCUGUUCGCUUAGAUGACCAUGUUGCCCUUCCUGUGGAACACAAAGAACCUCUUGAGCCAUCCGCCGAAAAAGAUCACACACCGCUCCACAGCGGUAAUAUCGCCGCGGAACCUAUACUUUCAUUUGCCCAGAAACCGGGUGCAGUGGAGACUCCCACUGAUGGUAAGAUAUCAAUUCAGCCGGAUGAAGUUGAACCGAAACAAACACCUAUCCUCAUUGAGACUCCUGAUGAGAAGUCAUCUACCGCAUUCGACGAUUCGCGCCGCACUGCGUGGUUAUCGGCGCUGAAGGAAGCUGCUGACAAGCGGCGGGAGAUCGUAUCGACCGGUCGUAAACGAGUCCACGAGGAACCUGAAGAGCACACACGUGUUGAAAGCGGACCAAAGUCGCACAAAUUGCCAAAGGCAGAAGUACAGAUUCCGCAGAAGAAAUCCCUAGCGUCUGCUUCAACAAAGCCUUUGCCGAAACUCCCCAUACUAGAGCGGAUCGAAUCCUUGACCUCUAGGAAGCCAGUCGAACCCAAGCCCGAGGCACCAAAGUCAAUUCAAGUGGACGAGGACGAGCUCCUUCUAUCCGCAGCGCGCAUAGCGGCCGAGUCACUACGCAGCGGACCCAAGCUCCUCGACGGCUGGUCUGCAUCGUACGAACCCCGAAGCUCGUCUUUCAGCCCCGGAGCCAGUCUCUCCCCGUCGGUUGCAUAUUCAAGAAGCCAAUCACCCCAAUCAUAUGUCAACGGAUACGAGGUCUCCCUCGCUCCAGAUAAGGAUCUCGGACUCGGUCGUACAUUAUCUCGAACGGAGCAACGGAUCCGUAUGACAGGAGCCAAGGGAUUGGCGUAUAAACCAUUGGAUUUCACCCCUGACAAGAAACGAAAAUCACGUUAA